AUGUCGCACCCAGCACACCCAGCGACCGUCCACUUCCCCAUUACCACCACGGUGUUUACGGGAGGUCUGGAUGCCGUGUACUUUGCGUCAAAGUUCGCUCCGACAGCUUCUAUCGUGGCCUCAACUUUCAAGACCCUGGGCAUAGCCAUCCAGCCUAGCUUGUUCCCAGUACUGUCGUACUAUACCACCAUCCUCACCCUCCUGUUCACAGUGCCGGCUAUAGUCACCGGUGCUCAGCAACUCAUGCCUGUCAUCCAACGCGAUGGAUUCUCCUCAAAGAAGGCCAAGCUUGGCGUUAUGCACGCUCUGAUCAACGACAUUGCGGCCAUUGGUGCUUUGUAUAAUUGGUGGUCAAGGAGGGACAACCCAGGCUUUACCCCAGAUGCCACCAACAUGUUGAUUAGCACCGUGGUGGCGCUGCCGACGACGCUGUACGCUGCAUACUUGGGUGGCUCGCUAGUGUAUAUCCAUGGCAUGGGCUUCCAGAACAGGAGCGCGAAGAAGACUCAAUAG